AUCAGCUCACCCUCAACUUGUUGUGCUGACUUUCACUGACGGCUCAUCGCCCCGAUGGCCCACGUCAGACCCAGCGAGAGGAAGUGCAGCCCCUAUAUAUCACUGGUGGUGCUGCUCCACGCACAAUCUGUGGCUUCAGGUGCCGUAUCCUCUUCCUGUGGGGGGGGGGGGCAAGUCUCACACAGAGCUGGAGCUGACACUUCAGUUUGAUGGGUGCUGCAGGCCCAAGUGACCAAAGGAUACGUAUUACAGGUUAAGAUGCAUGAUGGUGGUGGAAUAAGUGGGGAAAGUGAUUAGAAGCAAGGGUUGGAGCAUGUGUGUGUGUGUGUGUCUGUGUGUGCAAAAGAGAGAGAGAGAGACUGAGUGUUUGAGAGGAGUGUGUGUGAGCCACUUCAUGGCUGCAGCCCAAGAGUAUCCUGUCAACAGGAACUCCUGGAUUUGAUAUGGCCACAGAAGGAAACUGAUUUGUUUGUGGUGAGGGGUCAGUUCUAUCUCUCCUCUCACCCGCAGUGUGAUCCAGAAAUUGAUCUGCACCAGAACUGUCAAAUAAAGAAGCCAUUUUGGUUCUCUGACAUAUGGGCUUUUUUUUUCCAUGAGAAAGUGAUGAGGCUUGUAGUUUCUGUAAAAAGUUUUGACGUAAAGGAAGACUUGUUCGUUUGUUUGUGGAGACCGUGACGCAGGUGGGAGUGAGAACCUGGAGACGUGCGGAGUCACUGCAGAACAGGUUGGAUCAGUUGUCAGGUGAAGUUCCCCCUGUUGACAAGGAGACAGAAAUGAAGUUGCAGAUUUGCUCUCCGUCACCACAAACGAUGUAUAUGUCGUUUAUUUUUUGACAAAUUGAUUCAAGUAAUGUUUGAUAAGAAGUUUUUGUUGAUCAAUAGCUCAAAAAGAAUCAUGAGCUGCUCUGGAUUGUGAUUGUUUGUUGUAGUUGAUCUGACAGUGUGUGUGGUGUUGCUUUGUUGUGGGGUCAGUUUUGUGGUGAAAUCUCUCUCCCUCCCCUUUCUCUCUCUCUCCUCUCUCCUCUUUCACGGGGCUCAACUUGCAAUCAAGGAGGAGCUGAGAGUCCUCCGGGGUUUCUCCUGGAACCUGCUCCUCAAAUAUAAAGCGCUCCCCCCCGCAUCCACCAGGAACGACUGAGCCAUUACGCACAAGGAGGAGCCGCUGCCUGAGCCCAUCAUCUGUGCGCUCUGCUGCAACCAAAACCCCAUCUGACUGCAGCCUGUAGCUCCAGUGAGUCAAACACCGCUGGAUCGUGUUUUUAAAAAGCUGCGUGAGUAGUUUUCCAGCUUUUUUUUAAAUCCCAGCUCAGAGAGAGAAUCACAACUUGUCCGAGAGAAGACUGCGAAGCGCACCUCCAAACUUUUUUGGAACGCGCAAUAUGGCAGCCCUCAUCAGCGCGUACUCGUCGUGGCCGGAGUCCUUCGAGUGUCCUCCGGGAGACGGGGACGUGUCCGACGCGCACGGUCCGCACAGGACCCCCGUGGACAAGGCGCCGGAGCCGCGGAUCAGACGGCCCAUGAACGCGUUCAUGGUGUGGGCCAAAGAUGAGCGCAAGCGGCUGGCGGUUCAGAACCCGGACCUGCACAACGCUGAGCUCAGCAAGAUGUUGGGCAAGUCGUGGAAGGCCCUGACUCCCCCGCAGAAGAGGCCCUACGUGGAGGAGGCCGAGAGGCUCCGGGUGCAGCACAUGCAGGACUACCCCAACUACAAGUAUCGGCCUCGCAGGAAGAAGCAGCUGAAGCGCAUCUGCAAGCGAGUGGACCCCGGCUUCCUGCUGAGUGGGCUGGCCCCCGAUCAGAAUGCCCUGCCCGACCAGCGAGUCCUCUGUCACCCCCUGGACAAAGACGAGGGCAGCCCCCAUCACGGCUUCUCCAUCCCCAGCCCGGCCCUGCCCAGCGUCAGGAGCUUCAGGGACCCUGCCGGUUCCAACAGUAGCUUCGACACCUACCCAUACGGCCUGCCCACUCCUCCAGAGAUGUCCCCCUUGGAUGCCAUGGACCACGAGCACAUCCCCCCCUCGUAUUACUCUUCCGGUAGCUCCUCUUCCUCCUCCUGUCCCGAUGAGCAUCAUCACAGUCAGACACACAUGGGCAGCCCACCCCCUUACCACACCGACUACACUCAGACCCAGCUCCACUGUGGAGGCCCACGCAUGGGCCACAUCACUCACCUGUCCCAAACUGGAGGCGGCAACGGACUGAUGCCGGGCCCGCCGCUGUCUUACUACAGCCCCUCGUCUUUCUCCCAGAUUCACCACGGGCUCCACCAGGGCCAUCUGGGUCAGCUGUCCCCACCACCGGAGACACACGGCCACCUGGAGACUCUGGACCAGUUGAGCCAGGCCGAGCUGCUGGGAGAGGUGGACCGCAAUGAGUUUGACCAGUACCUGAACUCCACCGGGGCCGGCUUCCACCCUGAGCAGGUCGGCAGCAUGACUCUUACGGGACAUAUCCAGGUAGCACCGGCUGCUUCCGCUUCUCCCAGUAGCACCGCAGAAACCAGCCUCAUUUCCGUGCUGGCAGACGCAACAGCGGCCUACUACAACAACUAUGGCAUCUCAUAAGCUCAGAGGCAGCACCCCGUCAUACUUGUGACUGAUCAGACACUACAGGGUUUGAAAUGGGUGAGGACAUUUGGGAUAAAGUUGCACUUGGGUGCUGAUAAAGAUUUCAAAACCCGUUAUUAGCAUCUACGGGCAACUUCAUCCCACCAUGAUUAAAACCGGAACUGAUUACUGAGCAAUAGGAUCGGCCAGAGCCGAGGAAAGAACAAAGAGAAAUUGGAGGAAUAUGAAGAAGAAGGGGAGAUGGACACCUCAGGGAUGCAGACACUAAAACUAUCGUAUGCCACCUCCUGUUGUCGAGAAAUUUCUAAACCAGAAGAACAAUCGUAAAAAAAGAAAGAAAAAAAAAAAAAAAAAAGACUUGUAAAUGUCCACUUGUAAAAUGUCACCAGUUCCUGUUGCUGCCCGGACGUGUACAGAUGCUCCUCUGAAGCUAAUUUAAGUCCUUCGAUGUUUCGCUUUGAACGCUCCCUGUAAUGCUAUUAUCAACGUUUUCCUUUCGAAUGUUUGUAUCACAUGUUCUCGCUCUCAUUAGUCUGGGAGUCUUACCUCAGUAGUUGUAAUUGAAUGAGGUUUUUAGUUGGACAUUUCUUAUGCAAUUUAUCAAGAUGGUGUAUAAUGAAGAGAAAAAAAGAGGCGUUUAUACUUCUUCUCAAGUACUUAAUAAUAUAUAAAUUAUAACCUCUCUGAUGAAAAAUAAUAAUGGUAACUAUAACUGUAUGCUGAUUUAGGGUUGUGAAAGACAAUAAUUUAAAAUAAAGGUCAAUUUUUUUU